AAGACUUUGUGUAAGGAGUAGGAGGUGGGAGCCCGCGGGCAGUGCGACUUGACUUGGCCAUUAGUACAGAGGUAAUCGUACAUGUACAUCCCAGCGUCGGUACCGAGUACAUCCAUGGCGCAUGCAAAGAGGGAAAUUCACAGCCAGAAUGGAUUACGAGGUGGCAGAACAACAUGUACCGGAAACAUUGGAACUCUGACUUCAAGAUCCUCCCGCUCAGCAGCGUUUCUCAAAUCAUGGCGCCCCCGAGUCGCGAAUCCGAAGAGCGAAGCAAGGCCGCCAAGCACCAAAGCCACCUCUUGCGUCAGUCCUCCAGCAGGCGUAAACUGUCGCUUUGGCCAAAGUUGAGACCGCGCGUGAACGGGUUGCAACGCUAAGAAACCGCACUCUUUUAAAGCGCCAAUGAGCUCGCAGCUCCUUGCUUACGAUGUCCAAGUGCCGAACAUGAAGCAUCCAUUACUAAUGGGUACCAAUGUCAUGCUACCACAGCAGUCCGU